CCUCACGGAGAAUAGUCAUGGUGGUCCUCUUUGCCCCAGUGAUGAUCGUCCUCCUGAUGUUGACACACAGCUGCCAGUCCACUGUACAAGUCCAGGAUGGUAAAUUUGCUUUCCCGCUGGAAUCAGUGAAAAAAAUGAAGGAGCUCCUGGAAAAAGACACCAAACCAGUUUCUGGCAGUGCCAGAAGUCAGACCCACGUCACCUUCUUACGGCUCUGUUUGAACCCAGAACUGCCGAAGGACUUGCGCCCCGUCUGUGACAGAGAAGAUGCUGCCGAUGUUUUCAGGAGGCUUGAGCUUGCUGUGGAGGACCCAGACUUGUGUGAACUCUGUGUUAAUGCUGCGUGCGCAGGCUGUUACUGAACGUGGAGGGAACCUUCACCACAAUCCAGAGGAAGGACUGAGAU